AACGACCGCUCGCCGGCCCCCCGAGCAUCAAUUGCGUGAGACAACACACCAUCCGCACUCACGAUGCUCGCACGACACGCUCCUGCUCAGAAGGCGCUCAGCGCGGCUGCACACCGAGCUCUGCCCGCGGCUUCAGCAGCCAUUCGCCUUUCGACCGCGGCCCCCAGCAACCGUACACAGAAGAGGACACUCGCAACCGUCCAGGACACGCCUCCUAAGAGAACAUAUGGCGGCUUGAAGGACCAGGACAGGAUCUUCCAGAACCUGUAUGGGCACCAUGGCGCGGAUUUGAAGAGCGCCAUGAAGUAUGGCGACUGGUACAAGACCAAGGAGAUCAUUCUCAAGGGUCACGACUGGAUCAUCUCUGAGAUCAAGGCUUCUGGCCUGCGUGGCCGAGGUGGUGCUGGUUUCCCCUCUGGUCUGAAAUGGUCUUUCAUGAACUUCAAAGACUGGGACAAGGAUGACAAGCCUCGCUACCUGGUUGUUAAUGCCGAUGAGGGCGAGCCCGGAACCUGCAAGGACCGCGAGAUCAUGCGCAAGGAUCCUCACAAGCUCAUUGAGGGCUGCCUUGUCGCUGGACGUGCCAUGAACGCGACCGCCGCUUAUAUCUACAUUCGAGGUGAAUUCUACCACGAGGCCACCGUUCUUCAACGCGCUAUCCAGGAGGCAUACCAAGCCGGUCUCAUCGGCAAGAAUGCUUGCGGUUCCGGCUACGACUUUGAUGUGUACAUCCAUCGAGGAAUGGGUGCUUAUGUCUGCGGUGAGGAGACUUCCCUCAUCGAGUCGCUAGAGGGCAAGCCCGGAAAGCCUCGUCUCAAGCCCCCGUUCCCCGCCGCCGUUGGUCUUUUUGGAUGCCCUUCUACUGUUGCCAACGUCGAGACCAUUGCUGUUGCGCCCACCAUCUGCCGCAGAGGAGGCAGCUGGUUUGCCAGCUUCGGUCGUGAGCGUAACCAGGGCACGAAGCUCUUUGCCAUUUCUGGCCACGUGAACCACCCUUGCACCGUUGAAGAGGAGAUGUCUAUUCCCCUUCGCGAGCUCAUUGAGAAGCACUGUGGAGGUGUCCGUGGCGGCUGGGACAACCUCAAGGCUGUCAUUCCUGGUGGCUCUUCCACUCCUAUCCUGCCCAAGCACAUCUGCGACGACCAACUUAUGGACUUCGAUGCUCUCAAGGACUCGCAGUCUGGAUUUGGUACUGCUGCCGUUAUCGUCAUGGACAAGUCGACCGACGUCGUCCGUGCCAUUACCCGUCUUGCAAAGUUCUACCACCACGAGUCGUGCGGCCAGUGCACACCUUGCCGAGAAGGCUCAAAGUGGACGCACCAGAUCAUGGACCGCUUCUAUAAGGGCCAGGCUCGCGAGCGUGAAAUUGACAUGCUCCAGGAGUUGACCAAGCAGGUUGAGGGACACACGAUUUGUGCGUUGGGUGAGGCGUUUGCAUGGCCCCUGCAGGGUCUCAUCAGGCAUUUCCGACCCGAGCUCGAGGCCAGGAUAAAGGACUAUGGACUGAAGCACGGCGGUGAGGCGCUGGCGGGAGGCUGGGCACACGAUGCCGCCAAGAAGGGCCAGCUUAUCGCGCCCGGACAGUAGAUGCGGGCCCCUGUGUGUUGAGCAUGUUUCUUGAAGUUCUUGAAUUUUUUCUUUUCGGCAUGCUGUUUACUUGAAAGAGCUGAGCUGUAAAUACAUGGUUUCUCGGUGCAAAUAAACAAAGCAAGUUUGAAACCGAAUCGGCAAAAUAGCAUUCUCAUGAAACCAGAUUUGACAAUGGGCGAACCAACGCCGCAAAACGCCGUGCGAAGACUAGUACGUAGCACUGCAAACAAAACCGCAUUUCCAUACCUUGCCCUUUAAGUGCCCAUACAGAUUUGAAUAAACUCUUCCCUGCUUAUAGCAUUAUCGUUAUCCAUAUCAAACUCCUCAAUCAUAGCCACC